AUGCUCACUAGCCAUCAAUCUUUGAUAGGAGGAUUGAAACAACAAGUGACGGCUGUUUCACCAGCUACACAACAACAAAUUCGUCAUUUCUCAAGAAGACGUAUAGCAUAUCCAUCAUAUAAAGCACCAAAGCUUGGACGUACACAUAAAAAAGACCAUCGUACUACAUUAAGAUACCAAAUGCAAUGCUUUUUAGGGAAGAAGAAUUAUAAGAAUGAAUAUCUAGAUAAUAGAUAUUUUGAUGCUCCAAAAGAUCAUAGACCAAAUUAUAUUACUCCAUUCAGUGAACAGGGGUCACCAUUAGUUGAUUACAAAACUGGACAAGUUAAGAAUUUGAAAGGUGAAGUUGUUGAAGGAGGGUUCGUACCUACAAGAAACUUUGAAGAUGCCUUGCGUCCAUUCCCACAUAAUUCACAUUGUAAAACUGGGUUCAAUUUAUCCAAGAGGGAUAGAGAUCAAAUUUAUAAAAAAAUAGCAGUAGAUGGAAUCCCUGCACAAAAAGUUGCUGUGGAUAUGGGUAUUAAAAUCCCAAGAUUAGAAGCAACUGUGAAACUAAGAGAAAUUGAAAAAAAAUGGGGGAAAAGAAAACUAAUAACACCAGAAUUAAAGAAAAUGUCUGAAACUAUGUACAAGAUGUUCCCAUUAUUUAGCACAAGAAACACUAGAGAAAACUUGUCUGAAAUUCCAGUUCCAGAAAAGACUUUAAGUUCAAGGUUUAUGACCAUUGCAGAAUCUGAACCUUUUGGUCCAAUUGAAGCUUCAAAAGUUUAUGAUUUACCACCAGCUGUUGAUUUGUUGAAAAAAGCUGCAGAACAUGGUGAGCAUUCAGAAACUACACUAGAUCCAAAAGAAGAAGCAAGACUUCAAAGAGAACAAUUCAAAAAGAAAUUUUUAUUUGCUAAGAAGAAGACUGAUAGAUAUGCCUUUGAAUUUAAAAAGGCUAAGGUUGGUGAAGUUGGUUUCCGUUAUGGUACUACUUUACGUGAUAAUAAGAAGGACCGCAAGAUUGAUUUCGAUAAUUCCGGUAAGAUGAUUUAUGCUUUACCACAAUCUGGUUAA